GAAAACUUGUGUUUUUGGCGUUUUUGCAUUUUUUGUUUGGACCGGGACGAAUAAAAGUUGUAAAAUUUAGAAUCCUAGACAUCAAGAUUUAACUAAAACAUGAAUAAUUCAUCUGUUAACCCUCUAGCUGGAACUGCUCACUUAUUAGAUGAGUUAGACAAGAAACUUAUGGUGCUGCUUCGGGAUGGGAGGACACUGAUUGGCUACCUGCGCUCUGUGGAUCAAUUUGCCAAUUUGGUUUUGCACAAAACUAUUGAAAGAAUCCAUGUUGGCAAAGAGUAUGGUGAUAUACCAAGGGGAAUAUUCAUUGUCAGAGGAGAGAAUGUUGUUCUAUUGGGUGAAAUUGACAAGGACAAAGAAGAUAACCUACCUCUAACUGAAGUAUCAGUGGAUGACAUACUUGAUGCACAGCGAAGAGAACAAGACAACAAAGUUGAACAGCAAAAACUACUUUCGAAAGCUUUGAAAGAAAGAGGCCUAAAUCUCUUAGCAGAACUGGGGCAUGAUGAUAUGUUUUAAGACGUUCCUGACCUUUCUUACUUAUUAUUUUGUAUUAUUUAAGUAAAAUCACUAAACAAGCUGUUUCUGA